AUGAAAAGUGUGGAGCGUGUGACUGGUUCAAGAUGGCGGCCCCACGGCUCGUCCGCACCAAUUCUCACUCACAACUCAAUGCUUUAUUAUUGUUAUUAUUUCCCCACUUUGUCUCUCUCCUCAGUGUGUGGUCAGCCUCCGCUCAACACUAAGAUUGUUGGAGGACAGGUGGCCUCUGCAGGCAGCUGGCCCUGGCAGGCCAGUCUGCAAGACUCUGGGUCCCACUUCUGCGGAGGAUCCCUCAUUAACAAUCAAUGGGUGUUGACUGCUGCUCACUGCUUCUAUGGAGAAGACAUAAGCAUGAGCACUCUGACUGUGGUUCUGGGUCUCCAGAGUCUAGAGGGAAAAAACCCCAAUCAGGUGUCUCGGAAAGUGUCAAAGAUCAUCAUUCAUCCCGGCUAUAAGUCCAAAACUUAUGACAACGACAUCUGCCUCCUGAAGCUCUCCUCACCGGUGAAAUUCACCAACUACAUCCAGCCUGUCUGCCUGGCAGCCCCAAGCAGCACCUUCUACAAGGGCACUGUCUCCUGGGUCACCGGCUUUGGGGAUGUUGGAACUGGAGUGCCCCUUCCUUACCCGGGAAACCUAAUGGAGGUGAAGCUGCCGGUUGUGGGGAACAUAGAGUGUACCUGUGCCUACGGAGUGGGCAACAUCACAAGUAACAUGAUGUGCGCUGGGUUUAGUGCUGGAGGGAAGGACUCCUGUCAGGGGGAUUCAGGAGGUCCGAUGGUGAGCAAGCAGGGCGGCCGCUGGAUCCAGGGGGGAAUCGUGAGUUUUGGAAUAGACUGUGCCAAAUCUGAUUUCCCAGGAGUCUAUACCAGAGUGUCCCGUUAUAAUUCCUGGAUCAACAACCAGAUCACCAGCAACCGGCCAGGCUACAUCACCUUCAAGUCCACUGGGAAUGAUGGCGACCUUAGCGUCACCUGUACUGACUGA